AUGCUGAAAUGCUGGCCGGACCUGUUCACGAGUUCGGCGGCUGCCGUCUGCAGAAGCUGGCCUGCGAUUGUGGGUUUUGGCGCCACGGAGGUCAUCGGCGACAUUGUGUUCACCAAAGAUCAUUCCCGGGAUGGUGCUGUCCGACAGCGUGGUUUUGUCUGGUUGGCAUCAGCCCUCGUCAUCAGGCAGCCGAGACGAAAGCGAGGUGCAGUGCCUGCACACGCUGUGGCCUCGCCAAAUGUCGAACUCCUAGUCGAUGCGGACACGCACAGCUUGGAACAGAUCAGGAACGGAAUUGCUAUCAUGACCGAGAAGUACGGCGCCGUACGAACAUCGAUUUUUGCCGCGCCUGGACGAGAAGAAAACAGAAGAUGUCGGGAGUUGUUCAAUCAUCCAGGCAUCAACUUCCGACCUGUGUCACGCCGCGGCACGCAGAGUGGCGGCGAAGCUAACGAUGGCAGAAUCGUCGCCGAGAUGCAGCGCCUUGCUGCAUCCAGGUCUGCAGGAUGCGUUGCUCUGCUAACUUCGGACACGGACUUUGCCAAUGCUGUGGAAGAUUUGGUGGCCUAUGUCAGCAGCUUCUUGGAAGACUUAGAUUAUUCGGAUGGAAGCGGGUAUCUGCUGCCAGCUAUUGCGAAUUUUUGGUUCAGCAACAGUCUUGGCCCUCUAACAGUGUUCCCACGACAAUGUGCCAUUCUUGCACUUUAUGACCGCGUGAACAAUCCUGCCACGAAGCAGGCGUGGCAAAGGCUGUCAGCCGAGCUAGCGUUCUUCUUGCCCAAGUCAGCUACUAGAAAACUGACCAAGACGCAGAAAGAAAAGUAUGGCAGUGGGAUGGCACGAGAAAUAUUUCUUGGAGGUGGGCCUUUCGUGCAUCGAGACUCAGAAGCUCUGGUUGCUCAGGCACUACGCCGGUUGGGCUACCUUGAUUCAGAUAUGAACGGCGACUUUUCUGAGGCUCUCAUGGUUUUUGUCAACUCCAGCCACAACAAGUGCCCUGUCAGCGACGAGCCAACAGUUUGUCUUUACUGUCUUGGUCAUACCUGCAUAGCCCGCAAAUUCAGUAAAGCCCUGCGCGGCCCAACAGCGCAAGCCACAGAUAGCUCGGGAUGUUGA